AAGUCCAACACCGAUUCCCUCCUUGGACCACAUCUCCUUGAUCCCCACUGAAAUAUUACAACAUCAACAACAUUACACAGCGGGCAUAGACUGAAAAUGAGGCAUCCAAACCAGAUUCAAGGCAGAUUCUUCAAGUUUCGAGAUUUCUCGCAGUGGGAUGACGACGCAAAAAGGGAAAACCGCGUCCCAAAGGUCGUACGCAAGCGCAUGGUCCUGGUCUUGGGAAAGCCCGACAACAAGCGCCAGGGCUUUGUCAAGAUUGUUACUGUAGCACCAACGCAAGCUGCCGGUGUAGACGCUGAUCUUUUUAUCCCCAUCGCCCCGUGCCCAAAGAGAAACAAAAAGGACCAUCAGUUGCAUGUUGCGAACUUCGAAUGGAGUCGGCACAGUCAUCCAUUGUACACAAAACAUUCAUACUUCAGGUUGGAUCAGAUAUACGACGUCCCUUUAGAUGUUUUGGAGCCGUACAUGUGGUCGCAGAGCGAACAUGUUGCGCUUCAGAAAAAGUCACGGGAAUGGUUAAUUCGUGCCGUUGCCAGACGACAAGCGAAUCUUGUGGACAUCCCUGCUGAGAGACAGGCGACGGAGCUCCUCGCUCAGGAUGGGGACUGCUCGGCCCACCACGUGGAGUCAAGUUAACGCAGCCACAGGGCAGGGAAUGAAGUGGGUGUAUGGAAAUGAAGUAGCCUGUAGUCAGCUUUUCUGAGAAGACCUGCUAUACUCUCUCC